AUGACUACCGUUGAGAUUAACGAUUCACCUGCCACGGUCAAGCUGGCGGAGUACCUCUUCACCCGCUUGCGCCAGCUCGGGAUAGACUCAGUCCACGGCGUUCCGGGCGACUUCAACCUCACUCUGCUCGACUACGUCAAGCCGUCGGGCUUGCACUGGGUCGGGAACGCCAAUGAGCUGAACGCGGCCUAUGCGGCCGACGGAUAUGCGAGAAUCAAGGGCAUCAGCGCUGUCGUCACCACAUCGGGUGUCGGAGAGUUGUCAGCCAUCAACGCCAUCGCGGGUGCGUUUGCGGAGCGUGCUGGCGUGGUCCAUAUCGUGGGCACGCCAAGUAGGCAAAUCCAGGACAACAGAGUCCAGAUGCAUCACGGGUUCAACGACGGGGAGUACCGGCGGUUCGCGCAGAUGCACGCCCAUGUCACCAUCGCGCAGGCCAGUCUUCGACAUGCCCAGAAAGCACCGGAACAGAUCGACGAGGUGCUGAGGCAAUGUCUCGUACACAGCAGGCCGGUUUACAUCGAGGUUCCGGGCGAUCUGGUAUCCGUCCCUGUCCCGGCUGAGAAUCUCCAGUCACCCGUUUGGGAGCCCGACUACACGCCGACGUCUGCGGAUGACGCUGCGCUGGAAGUAAUCAUCCAGAAGAUGUACUCGGCAAAGCAGCCGCUCAUUCUUGUUGACGGCGAGAUCAGACCUCUCGGAAUUGUCGAAGACGUACAGAAAAUCGUCAAGUCAACCGGCUGGCCCACGUGGACAACGCCUCUGGGCAAGUCUCUUUUAGACGAAACACUCCCCAACUUCCAUGGUAUUUAUAGAGGCAAACACGCCAACUCCGAGGAGAAGAAGCUCUUCGAGACCUCAGAUCUGGUUCUCUUCUUCGGUCCCCAUUUGAGUUCUACCAACACGAACCAGUUUACAAUGGUUCCGAGAUCCGACGUGUCUAUUCUCUUCCGCGACACCGAAGUAAAGGUGGGCGACCAGGUAUUCCGAGACAUCACCGCCCGCGCCGUGGCUCGUUCGCUCUUGCACAGGCUGGAUGUCUCCCAGAUCUACCGAUACGAUUCCUACCCAACGCUUCCCAAAGACUACAAGAUCUCUUUUUCUGAAGUCUCGGCUGAGGGAAAGAUCACACAAUCCAAAAUCUGGCACCUGGUUUCGAACAUCAUCCGGGAGGGAGAUGUCGUCCUAGGAGAAACAGGCACAGCAGGCCACGGAAGCCGCGUGUUCCCCAUGCCGCCGCGAUCCAGGCUCUUCCUCCCAGCAACGUGGUUAUCGAUCGGAUACAUGCUCCCGGCAUCCCAAGGCGCAGCGCUUGCGCAGAGAGAGCUCGUCCAAUCAUCCAAGUAUCACGGCGUCAAGAACGCGCAGACGAUCCUCUUCAUCGGCGACGGCAGCUUCCAGAUGACGGUGCAGGAACUCUCCACCAUCAUCAGCAACGAGUUAGACGUCAUCGUGUUUCUCAUCAACAACGACGGCUACACGAUCGAGCGGUGCAUCCACGGAUUGAAGGAAGGGUACAACGACGUCGCUCCUUGGCGGUACCUGGAGGCACCGAGUUUCUUCGGCGCUAAAGAGGGCAGCUACGUACGGUCUGCGAGGACGUGGGGCGAGCUGGAGGCGAUCUUGGGCGACGAGAAACUCGUCAACGGCAAGGGUUUGAGAAUGGUUGAGAUUUUCAUGGAUCUCGACGACGCUCCGGAGGGGGCUUUGAAAGACUUGAUGGACGCGGAGAAGAAGAGGGUCGGCGCUUGA